CACAUUACAUUCUUCUCCUAAGAAAAAAAAAUAUCAAAUUCUCUCCUUUUUAUCACCUCCUCCUCUGCUUCAGCACCACCACCAAUAAGCAUCCUUCUUUCUUCCGUGCUCUUCAUCUAUCGAUCUCCUCCGUUUUAAUUUUAAUCUCUUGUGUGAAUCGUUUGUGAAUGGUGGAACCUAAUCCGAUCGGUGGUAAGUUUACGCUCUCCCUUUCCAUCAAAAGGGCGAGCUUUUUCCUUCCUCUGUCCGCUUCCUCUGUUUUCGCUUUCGGAUCUUGCAAAGAAGGCUGGUACUUUCGCUGCCUCGGCGUCGACCCGUGAACGAUUCUCCCCUAGAUUUCACAACCCAGAUCCCUGAUCUCAUCAAAAAAAGGGUUCUUUGAUUUGGUUCUGUUACUUUCUGGGAUUUGCUCUGUUUUUUUCGUUUACCUCUGUUUUUUGAAACCGAUUCCGAAGAUGUUGCUCUACAACAAGCAGAAGAAGAACCAAAACGCUAAAGGGAAUAGGAUUCUCAUUAGCGUUACGGUUUUGGGUAGUGCUGGUCCGAUCCGGUUUGUGGCGUAUGAGGAAGAUCUCGUCGCCUCUGUUAUCGAUACUGCUCUUAAAAAUUACGCUCGUGAAGGUCGUCUUCCACUUCUUGGAUCCGAUUUUAAUGACUUUCUUCUCUAUUGUCCUAUGGUUGGACCUGAAGCUUUAAACACAUGGAAUGCAAUUGGAUCGCUUGGAGCAAGGAACUUUAUGCUCUGUAGGAAACCAGAUGAGAAGAAGGUUGAGGAAGCUAAUAACUCUACCAUUAAUGGAGCAAGAAAAGGUGGAAGCUUGAAGGCUUGGCUCAACAAAUCCUUCAACCUCAAAGUCUCUAGUCAUUAAGACUAUUGUUCUUUCUCAAAUAUGAAAACAAAAUCACCAAUCUUUGUUUAUCCUUAUGUUUUGUUUUUUUGGUUUUGCUUUAUGAUUUUGAUUAUAAACUCUGUCAAAGGCUUUUUUUUUUUUUUUCCGUUUUCAUAUCUCUCAAUUCAUCGGAAAUAAAAGUGUCACAUUCUUAUGAGUUCUAAGAAAUUUGCUGUGUUUCAA